AUGACGCAAUUGCAACGGAACUGGGCCAUUCUGGCCAUCCUAACGGUCCUGGUUCGAUAUAUUUUUGCAGAUUUCGAACACCUAAUAAGUAAACCUGAAUCGUUGACCUUGGCUCGAGGCUACGAGACUCUUUUAACGUGCGAAAUGAAUAUAGAGCCUGAUAAGUUCCAAUGGAAAUUUUAUCCUUCGGAUGAGCCUUACAAUAGCCGAGCCAAUUUGCUUUUAAGCAAUGCCAGUUAUAGUUUAAUUCCAGAGGGAGAUUUCAAAAUUAAUAGAAGAGUAGCUGAAUUAGCUAUCAAGCUUAAAAACGAAGACGUUGCAGGCGACUACCAAUGCCUGGCCUACUACGGUGCCUCAGUAAUAGCUUCAGUGCCAUGGAGAAUAACUUUAGCUCGUAUGGAAAAUUUGCCAGCUCAGAAAAAUAUUUCUAUAUCGGUACAAUCUGGCAAUACUGUCAGUUGGCGGUGUCAAGUUCCUGAGUCCAAUCCUCCUGCCUAUGUAGAUUAUAGUAAGGGUAGCUCAUAUGUUUCGCCGCCGAAUUUUAUAGAUAAUAGAGCUAGUAAGAGUAUGAUUUUGACCAAUGUUAGUGUUGGGGAUUCUGGAACUUACAAGUGUGCCACAACAAAUAUGUUUGAGAGAAAAGACUUAAAUGCAGUUUUGAAUUUGGAAGUUUUGAGAAAUGGUCCAUAUAUGGCUCCCAGUUUUGUUACCAAGCCUUUGAGCGAGUAUACAGCGAUUAAAGGUUCCACCUUGUUCAUCGAAUGUUCAGCAGUCGGCAACCCAAUCCCAAAAGUAUCGUGGCGCAAAGACCCUCGCCUACCAUCAGACCGCACCCAAAUCCUACCCGGAGGCCUAAUAAUCAAAAACAUCACCUCAAGAGAUGAUGGCCUUUACAAGUGCGAAUACUCAAACCCUUAUGGCACCAUCAACCAUCAAAUUACUGUAAAAUACAACGAAGAACCAACUAUUGAUUGUUACAUGAACAUGACUGAUAUUAAACAAGGAGAAAAUAUGGAUAUUGACUGUGAUGUUAGAGGCACCCCUGAGCCGCAAAUUGCUUGGUUUUUAAAUGGGUUUUCAGUUUUGAAUGAUACCGGAAUUGAGGCUAUUGGCAAUAAGAUUUACUUUAGGCCCAUUGAGAAAAGACAUGCUGGCAGUUUGCAGAUUUUCGCCAGAAAUAUUGUUAAAACUGUUUAUAGUAGUAUCAGUAUACGGGUGAUUCCUUUGGCUAGUAGUAUUGAUGAUCUUCCUGUGCCUGUGCAUCCACAUCCGAGACAUAAUCAUAAGAAAUCUCAAAAUACUAGAAGACCAUCAAAGCAUAAACCGCAAAAAAUGAUUCCGCCUAGUAAACCAGUGAUUUCCAGAGUUAAUGAUUUUACAGUGGUGGUACGUUGGAAUGUGUCUAGUAAUAAUGGAUUGGAAAUUUUGUUUUUCAAAGUCCAGUAUCGGGAAGUGAGUAAUUGUGGUAGCCGGAAUCAGACGAUAGCCAAUAAGAUCUGGAAUACUGCGAAUACAGAUAUAUCUGCAACAAUAACCGCUUAUGAAGUAUCCGGUUUGAAACCGGACCACUGUUAUCGGUUCCGGAUUGCUGCUGUGUACACCAACAAUGAUUCCAAGAUGAGCCCGAAAUCUAAGACCUUUCAUUUGAGGAGCCUGGACUUUUUCGAGAAAAAUCCUCUGCCUGUUUGUCUUAUUACGCAUGUGGAAACUGUCAAUCAUUCUGCUGUGAAGAUUUACUGGGAGUGUCCACCUUACAAUGUUACCAUUGAUGGUUUCUAUAUCCUUCACCUAAUUGCUACCAGAGCAGGUGACGACUACAUGAUUAAUACAGUAGAAGGCGAAGACGCCCGAAGCUACGUUUUGAAUUAUUUACAACCCGAAAGCAUCUACGAUAUAAAAUUGCAAAGUUUCAAUCAAAAAUUGGCCAGCGAAUUCAGUCCGAUUAUGAAAGGACGAACUGGAGUUAAUCCUGUUACAAGUACUAGCACUACUCAGCGUACCAUGAGUAGUACCAAGGAAUCAACCAAGGAGUCCUCCAAUGCUAAUAAUAAUGUUUAUAUUAUAAUUGCCGGAGCGGUUAUAGGUUUCGGCCUUGUUGUCACUGCGAUUAUUUUGUUGUUUGUUUGCAGAAAAUGGCAAAGAGAGAAACUGUCAGAUAAACAGCCGAAUGUAGAACAUCACAUGCAUCAAGCUGAAGAUUACGUGGUGGAACCGAAAACAAUUCCAAGGACUAAUGGGUGCGCGGGUAAUCGGAUUACCAUCACUUCGAAUCCUUUGGCUGAUACAGACAAGAAUCCGACCGUGAUCGAAAUGCGCCAUCUGGCCAACAACAAUGCCGAAGCCGAAUUGGAAAAGAACAGACCGAAGAGGAAUGUGACUGUCGAAGACUCGGACCACGGCUCAACUGUUUAA